GGCGCUUUCGGUUUCCGCGAAGUGGCCCCGCCGAGGACGUGAGCUGUUAGUCAGCCUUCACGGCUGAAACUUAUUACCCCCCCCCCCCACACACACACACACACACUUUUGGAAGAAGAGGGAAUGAAGAAUGGAAGACGCGGAGAAAACCCAGCUCGAGGAGCUGCUGAUGUGCCCGGUGUGCCAGGACAUCUUCCGGGACCCCCGGCAGCUGCCCUGUGGACACAGCAUGUGCAUGGGCUGUCUGGAGAACGUGAUGGAUCACUCCUCGGACGUUCCCUUCCGCUGCCCGGACUGCAGGGCCGAUUUCGGGCCGGUCAUCGCGGUGCAUAAGAGCUACGCGCUGGCCAACAUCGUGGAGGACUUCAGGGUGAAUCGGAGGAGGAGGAAGGAGCAGACACAAAGUGUGUACUGCGACUGCUGCCCGGAGAGAAGGACUCUGGCCACCAAGACGUGCCUGAAGUGUGAGGUGUCGCUGUGCGCGGAGCACGUCAAGGGCCACCUGGAGCUGCCGGUGUUCUCGGGGCACCCCUUGGUGAGGCCCCUGGGGGACCUCCUGGAGAGGAAGUGCCCGCGUCACGAGGACGAGGUGCUGAGGUACUACUGCAACACGUCCCGGCGCUACAUCUGUAACAUCUGCGCCCUGGAGAGCAGGCGGCACAAGGAGGCCACCGAGGCCUCCUGCGUCCUGCGCAGACAGCUCACCGAGUACAUGGACCAGCGCUUUGACGUGCUCAAGGAGCAAAUCGGAGAAUCCAUCGAGUCUGUAAACAAACUGCAGGAAGACAUCAAACGUGAAAAACGGACGGGGAACCCGUUCGUCCCGUCCCUCAGCGGUGUCACAGUGGUGCUGUUCUGUCUGUGGCUCAUCGUUCUGUAUUACGGUGAGCGUACAACUACUCCGUGGAAAUCCAGACGCUCACCGACGCGCUGGAGGAGCAGCAGAACCGCGUGCGUCACAUUUACUCCACCAUUGUGGAACACUUGGUCACUCAUCCAAUACAGAGCCACACGCAUACGGAGACGGAGGAUCGAGGUACAAAAUACGAUCUCUUGAAACUUUGGAACAGUAAACUUAGUUAACGACGGGUUUGAGUUGGAGUAUCCUGACCGGCCUGAAGAAGAUGCCAUCGGAUCAUGUGCCUUAUGAAUAUUACCAUUACGCAGACAGUGUGUUCACAGCCACAUUAAUAUUCUGGUUUUGAGCAUACUUGUGAAGAUGGUUAUUACCAUCACCGUUAAUAUUCUAAUAUCCAGGUUUCCGAUUGUCUGCAUCGUUUCUGUAACCACGAAGUUCCCUCAAUAGUUGAGGCUGAAGCCCGUUUGGUUUCUGGCUCCCUGGACUCUGCUGCCUUUACUCCUCUGGUUUAGUUUCAUCAGUUAUGAGAGCAACAAUAUAAUUAUAGUUAAUCACUUUUGUUUCAGCGUGAACAUGUUUGUUUUGCUUUUCUCACUGAUUAUUUGAUUUGAGGACCUCUAAAGAAUGUUUGUAAAAAAGUUGUAUUUAAUAUAAAAAAAUCUAAUUAAAAUGACUUUCAACAUA